AUGAAGACACUCAAAUUAUAUGAACAGACAGGAGGCAAUACAUCUGCAGCUGAUGAAUAUGCUGUGAUAAAAAAGCAGUCAGAGGGAAUAAGUAUCUUGCUAACCGUACUUCUGUCUUUAAUGGUUGUGCUCAUAGUUUUAGGUAACAGUGUUGUGAUAUUGUCUUUCAUUGUGGACAAGAGACUCAGGAAUCGCAGUAACUUCUUUCUCCUAAAUCUGUCCAUUUGUGAUUUUUUAGUAGGAGCCGUCUCUAUCUCCAUGUAUAUACCGUACAAGUUCACUGGAAAAUGGAUGCUGGGAAAGUUUCUCUGCAAACUGUGGAUAAUAUUUGACUUCACAACAACAACUGCCUCUGCCUACAGUGUCGUUCUUAUCAGUUAUGACAGGUUUAUUUCAGUCAACAAGGCAGUUUUACAUCGCUCUCUACAAAAAAGACACAGCCAGACAGCACUUAACAUGACCCUAGUUUGGAUAGUUUCUUUUAUUAUCUAUGGACCAGCAAUUCUUCUGUGGGAGAUCAUUACCGGUACUAAUAACCUUCCAGAGGACAGCUGUCGUGCUGCGUUCCUUGAAACGUGGUAUUUUAUUCUGGGUGCAUCUACAUUAGAUUUCAUCAUCCCGCUUCUCAGUAUUUCCUUUUUUAAUUUAAGAAUCUACCUAGAAAUCAUAAAACGCAGCACAAAGCGACAAAAUCAUUCCAUAUCUGGUAAUUCAAAAGAAACAAUAAAAGAGAACAUGUCCAGUAGCAUCGCAAACAAUAUUGUCCUUUCAUCACCACAGACAAAUAAGAAAGGGGACAUUAGUUUGGACCCAUGCACAGUUCAUAAGAUCACUUCAGAUGCUCCUCAGAACUCUGAAAAAUGCAAUGGGCCCAAUAAUAGUAAUAAACUUUCCCAGGACAAGAAGGCUGCAAAAUCUCUUGCAAUUUUGGUUUCUGUUUUCAUUCUUUGCUGGACUCCUUAUUCAUUCCUAGUUUGUAUUCGUGCUGCUUGCCAUGGUUAUUGUGCUGAUAUUUUCUAUAUAGAGAUUACAGUUUGGUUUAUAUAUACAAAUUCAGUAAUUAACCCUAUCCUUUACCCUGUGUGUCACAAAAGUUUUAGAAAGGCUUUCAAAUUGCUAUUAGAACGGAUUAUGAAAUUUUUCUAA